UGUUUUUCCAGACUAUUGAUCCCGCACCUUGGUGUCGUCGCCCUUCUAAUCGGAGCUUGCCAUUUUCGUGUUUCUGCCUCCGAAUUGGUCUAUGAUCUCCUCAAUACCGUGGUUUCGAAAGCAAUCUGCUCGUUUGUCACCAUAUUUUGGGGGGAAGUUGUUAAACUGCACGUAGCAUCUAGAGCUGUGGCUUUGUUAAGAGUUUUUGUGUUGUUGGUGAGAGCUUUGGUGGUUCGAAUUUCUGAGAGGGCGGGGGUAAGGGUGUGAGUGGAGAUUUAAGGAAGUCGGGGAGAGUUUGAGUGUAGGAGCGUAUACUUUAGGUGGGGUCUCAAGGUAUGAUUCUGCUUGUUUUGAAUAGCUGUGUGCCAAUUCUGGAAGAUUGUUUAUUAUGAGUUUUGUUGUGGAUGUUUUUCAGAUCUUUAGCAAUUUUUUAGAGCAAACGGUGUUCAAGGUUGCCUGCAUUACAAUUUUACGACGAGUUCACGCUCACUCGGGAUACGGGAUGGUGGUUAUGGACACAGUUCCUCCAAGCUCUGUGCACACCACUGUUGCGAAACCAUGUAGCCUAGAAUCUUGGCAGACAGUGGGAGAGCUGGAGGAGAACCUAAAACCGUCGGACGUUUUAGACUUACCAGGCGAAGCCUACGCAAUGCUUCACAAGUUGGCUCGAAAAUGGACUGACAUCUUGGAUCCCAAAGAUCUUACUUUGACACGGCUCAAAGGUGCCAUGACAAAUUAUGUUUACCAGUGCCACUGGGAAAGAGACAAUGGUCACCGCCCUCGCACAGUUCUUGUGCGGAUUUAUGGAGAAGGUUCGAGCAUGUUUUUUAACAGAAACGAUGAAGUGCUCACGUUUGAGUUGAUGUCGCAGAAAGGUCAAGGACCGCACCUUCUGGGUCGGUUCCCUAAUGGUCGAGUGGAAGAAUUCUUGCGAGCACGGACACUCGAGAAGCACGACUUGCGAGAUCCAGAAAUUUCGAAGAGAAUUGCUGAGAAACUGCAGGAAUUUCACAGUCUCGACAUGCCUGGGCCACGGAAAGCCAAGUUGUGGGAACGCCUCAGGGAUUGGUUGGUGAAGAUUUUCGAGCAUUCCGAUUCUACUGAAGAGGACUUUGGUAUCAACAAAUUGGACGAUGAAAUCAAUGACUUGCAACGCCGAUUGAUGAAGCCUGAUACUCGAAUUGGUUUUUGUCAUAACGACUUGCAAUAUGGCAAUAUCAUGGUUUCAGAGAAGGACGACUCUAUCACACUCAUAGAUUAUGAGUACGCCAGUUACAACCCUGUGGCAUUUGAUAUUGCCAAUCAUUUCUGUGAAAUGACUGCAGAUUAUCAUUCUGACGAGCCUCAUUUGUUGAAUCAAGCAAGCUUCCCUGACUACGAAGAACGAAGCCGAUUUUGCCGUGCGUAUCUGGAAGCUUCAGGGGACUCAGCUACCCAGAUUGAUGUGGAGAGAUUUGUGAAAGAAGUGGACGAGUUCGUGGUUGCGAGUCACCUACACUGGGCUCUUUGGGGUUUGUUGUCGGCUGCGCACCAAGAUGUGGAGUUCGACUUCUUUAGUUAUUCUCGGCAGCGAUUUGCAGAAUACUACAGGCUGAAACAUGAUUUGUUUGGGAGUAGAUAGAUUGCCCGUGGAUGUAUCAUGCAAGGUGAGCAAUAGAAAUUGAGAUCUGUAUGGUGUCAGAGGAAAUCUUGUACAGCAGAAAAUUAAGAACCAUUUUGCAGGUUAGUUCCAAAAUUAUAGGUGCACAAUUUGUAGUCAUCAAAUACUCGAUGCUCUGUGCCAUAAUACAUAUGUUUCAUUUGAAUUGACACAUAUAUACAAUAUAAUGUUUUUAAAUUCUUUACAAAUA